AUGAGGAUAAUCAACGAAAAAACAGUUACUAAUUACGCUUUUCCGAAGGUACCGGAUAAGGAGGGAUAUCUGCUGAAGAAGCGAACUGAGACAAAACGCUCUUUUAAACGUCGGUACUUUGUCUUGCACGGGAAUGUCCUUACAUACAGCGAAAGUAAACAUGCCAAGGAACCCCUUGGUGUUAUAUUUUUGGAAGGUCAUUCCGUGGAGCUUGUUGACGAGAAUAUGUUUGCCAUACGGUUUCACACCAAUACCUACUCGGGCCGAAAUUACAUUCUCCUGGCUGAAAGUGAGGCCGAAGCUGAAUCCUGGAUGCAAGCUCUCACUCAUUGCGGGUCUGAAUUCCUGACCCUUUCCGUGGAGGAACUGGAAGAUCUCCUGCGCUCACUAAAUUCGCUUAGUUCAAUCUACGGCGACUCACCUAGCUCCAAGGCCAACGCGACAUCCGCAGACACCAGACUGAAUCAAGUCUGCACCAGCAGGAACCCCUUCAAUUCCUCAACGAUCCCUCUUGUGGGACCUACUGCCUCCUCGAAAAACCCCAUGUCGCACCUGACCAAUCUGGUGGCGCUUUCGUGGGAGAACAUGCAGGAUAACCUGAGAACCUACUUAAACAAUGCGUCAGAAAAAAGAGCACCGCAGCACCAACAGUGA